AAAUAGUGCAAGCUUCUCCCAAACGCUUCCGCCUUGCAAAGUAAAAUGUAACGUUAGUAGAUCUGAGUGUAGUUUCAAUUUCGAAGCACAUCGUUUAAAAAUUGGAUUAAAAACAUUAAUGUAAAUUAGAGAAAAUGUUUUCUGGGAGUAAAGUUUCAAACGACAACGGCCUUUGGCCAUGCAUUGGAAUAGCAGCUCUCAACGUCAACAGCAGCUCGAGCGGGUUUGGUCGCAAGCCACUGGUAAUGCCAGAACCGAAAGCCCAGAACCAGUUGACAGGGAAUGGUCUUCAGGGCUCGGUACCAUCCUCGCCUGAGACGGACUGCGAGGAAAUAAAUGAUUACACUUCCAGCUACACCGCUCUGGAAAUGGACACGCGACAGAUUAUUGACAGUUUCUUAAAAAGCUUUACAGGACUCCCUCAUUCUAAAAAUGGAAAAAAACAGGUUCUGUCUACGAUGAAGCGGGUUGUGGACAGUCUCGUUGUGAAGCACGAACUGGCUUACAAAGGUAUGAUUGCACGGCUGAAUGUGGAGCAGAAAGGAGAAGAUGUGAGUUUUGUCAAGACCGUGGCAACAGAACUCUUCAGCGAUGGCAUCACAAACUGGGGUCGCAUUGCCAGCCUGCUGACUUUUGGGGCAUUGGUAUGCAAGUUUCAAAAUGAUAGAGGACUUAGCAAGUGUGUGACUCUGGUGGGGGAAGAGAUCUCUUCCUAUCUUCUCACAGACCAACAGAACUGGCUGCUUAAAAACAAAGCAUGGGAUGGCUUUGUGGAUUUUUUUCAUGUCCCGGAUACAGAGGGAGCUGUGAGAAACACAUUGAUGGCCAUUGGAAGUGUUGCAACAUUCGGAGCUGCACUUGCUUAUUUAAUACGGUGAAUCCAAAUGGACUUUGUGACAGAUAUUGAAAAAACAAAAAGGACUCAAAGUGAACUUUUUUUUUGGUCUUCUUGGAAACAUCGAAGAGAAAUCUGUUUGCUUUUUAGUUUCAAUAUUUUGUCUUUUUUUGGAUCUCAAAUGUAUAUAAAAACUGGUUCAAAUCAAAAACUAUUUUUUUAUUAAAAAGUUAACUUUAAAAUGUUCAGAUCACAAUUGCUGAUGUGCAUGUAACACAUUUAAAGCCAGUUGUUUUGUGCAGUUUACACAAGAAUCACAUGUUAAAUUGUCAUUACACAUCCGGCAGUGUUCUUUAUGCUAGAGUAUGAUAUACUUGGCUAAAUUGGGAAUUUUUAAAAAGCUGUACAUUAAAAUUCACAAUUAUUUGUUGCAA